AUGAAGGCAGGUGAUGAAGAGGAAGUAGAAGACACAGAAGAAGCAGAUACAAGAGAUGGAGGAAAACCCAAGCCAAAACUGUUUAUGACCAACAUUGUGCCACCUAAAAUCCCAGAUGGAGAAAGAGUUGACUUUGAUGACAUCCAUCGGAAACGUAUGGAGAAGGAUCUUCUGGAAUUACAGACCUUAAUUGAGGUGCACUUUGAGAACAGAAAGAAAGAAGAGGAGGAAAUCAUUGCUCUGAAAGAAAGGAUUGAAAACCGCAGAGCAGAAAGAGCAGAACAGCAAAGGAUUCGGGCUGAGAAAGAGAAGGAGAGACAAUCGAGGAUUGCUGAGGAAAGAGCCAGAAAAGAAGAGGAAGAAUCGAGAAAGAGAGCAGAGGAAGAUGCAAAAAAGAAAAAGACUAUGUCAAACAUGUCCUUGCAUUUUGGAGGUUACAUGCAAAAGACUGAAAUUCGCCGAGGAGGGAAAAGACAAACGGAGAGGGAAAAAAAGAAGAUGAUUCUGGCAGAGAGACGCAAAUCUCUGGAUAUCGAUGACCUGAAUGAAGAUGAACUGAAGGAGAAAGGCAGGGAGCUGUGGAAGUGGCUUUACCAACUGGAAGCAGAAAAAUUUGACUUACAGGAGAAAAUGAAACAACAGAAAUAUGAGAUUAAUGUACUUCGAAACCGAGUCAAUGAUCACCAGAAGGUCUCAAAGCGUGGCAAGGGGAAAGUUUCAUGUCGUUGGAAAUGAGGGAAAUGUGGAAUUGCUUCUGAUAUUGGGCAGAAACAUUUGUCAAAUGAUCCUGUAAUCUCAAUGCCAAUUGUUCGACCAC